AUGUCUGGAUAUCCGUACGGAAGCCCUCAAUAUCCCCCACCGCAGGGUCAAAUUUACCCGCAAAUUUACAAUCCAGUAAAUGCACCGCCACCGCAGCCUGGACAGCCUGGACAACCUGGCUACCCUUACCAAGGGCAAUUCCAACCGGGACCUGGAUACCCGUAUCAACAAGGCCAGCCACCUGCGGCGAUGUCGUAUCCAAACGUAAACCCAAUGGCUCCUACUGCACCACCUCCCGGCCCUGGCUUCGGAUUUCAAGGAGGAUUUCCGAACGUAACUCCCACUAAUCCCUACGAACCCACUGUGGAAUGGAUACCCACCACGCCUAACAACGCGGCCCAACUAACCAAUAGAGCAGUUGUUGCCGGCUAUGAAGGUCACGACGGAAGCCCCCUUUGGGUGAUCAGGUCAAGGUUCGAGGGUGACCUUAUACCCGGCAAGCUGGCCAUCAAGCAUAGGUCUGCUUAUGUACCAUGGGGAGGCAAGGAAAACAGCGUACAGAACAUAGAGGUGUGCUGUGCUCGUCCUGAAAAAAUACACUGGGUCGAGGCACGCAACGGAGUUAUGCCACAUAACGCCGUAGUUGCAGGCAACACAAGCGAUGGUGAACCUUUGUACGUCGGCAGAGCUAAGCAGAGUGGAUCGUUGACUCCGGGCAAGGUGCACCCAAGUCACAAAGCGAUGUACAUUUCAUUCGGCGGUGAAGAAAUCCCACACAGGGUCUAUGAAGUAAUGUGUACUGUAUAA